AGAGAACACAGAGAGAAGCUGAGAUCCAUGUCGUUCUCUAUCCGUCCCGCUCGUUAACACAUUCGGUUCCUGUCGGGUCCAGUUUCAGACUGACAUUCUGUGACUGAAGGAAGUUUGCAGGAAGUUCAGAAGUCGAACUUACUUCUCGUGAAAAACUGGAACGAGAUAAACUUGGAGAAAGAAUCUGUCCUUGUGUCACUGAAACAAUAUUCAGACUUGUUUUACUGACACUUUAACGGUCUCUUUCUCCUUUUAGCCUCCAUCCCUCCCUCCUCUCACCCCCGUCCUCCCUCCCUCCCUCUGGCAGCAGGGUGGAGUCUGUCAGUUGGUCUGAACACUUUCAGGGUCGACCUCCAGUUGGAGCGGUGAUCUGUUGCUCCUGUCCUCCUCCUGUCUCUCCUUGUUCCUCCAGAGGAGGUUCCUGUUCCUCCUCCAUCGAGCUCCUUCUCUUUCUUUGGAUCCACCGAUGCCUCAACUUUCUUCCUCACCUUUCUCGAGGGUUUGAUCUUCACGUUUUUCUUAAAAUAUCUACAAAGUUGACUAAAGCUUUCUUGCCGGAGCUCUUCCCAUCCACCUCGUCUUCCUCACCCCUUCUUCCCUUCUGGAUCACUGACAGUCGACCAACCUGAGACAAAUCAACAGCAGGUGAAGAACUGAACUGACGAGCAACCAUGACGGACAAACCGGGCAUGCCGACGGGUGGCGGAGAUGACGCAGGAGGCAUCAUGGCGUUGUUGGAGCGCGUGGCGGGCCUGAUGGACACCGUCCAGACCACGCAGCAGCGCAUGGAGGAGCGUCAGCUGGAGCUGGAGAACACGGUGAAGACCAUCCAGACCGACAUCAUCAAGCUGACCAGCGACCACGCCAACACCAGCACCACCGUCGACCGGCUGCUGGAGAAGACACGCAAGGUCAGCCGCCACAUCAAGGACGUCAGGGUGCGAGUGGAGAACCAGAACGUCAGGGUGAAGAAGGUGGAGGCCACCCAGGGAGACCUGCUGGCCAAGAACAAGUUUAGGGUGGUCAUCUAUCAGGGUGACCAGGAGGUGAAGGCCGUCACGCCGGGCAACGAGCCAGCAGAACCCAGCGGCAGCGCCGGCGCCAGAGCCGAAGUGGAACCGGACAAGUUUGAGCUCCCUCCGGAGUCGGACGAGGAGUACAUGGUGGUGGAGGAGGCCGACUCCUCGGCGGCCGGCCGCAUGAAGAAGUCGGGGCUGACGCGCAUCGAGAGCUUCAAAGCCACUUUCUCCAAGCAGAACAUGAGCAAGACCCGCGAGAACCUCGGCACCAAGGUCAACAAGCUGGGCGAGCGCAUCGUGACGGCCGAGAGGCGCGAGAAGAUCCGCCAGUCCGGAGAGAGGCUGAAGCAGUCGGGCGAGAGGCUGAAGGAAACCAUCUCCAAGAGCGUCCCGGCCAAACUCAACCUGAAGAAGGAGAGGACUGUGGCGGAGGGCCAGGAAGGAGCCGAGGGCGCCACAGAGGGCGCCGUCCCCGUCCCUCCUCCCAAGGGCCGCAAGGGCACCCCAGACGCCGCCAAGGCGGCUGACGAGGGCAAGGCGGAGGAGUCCGAGGUGCCGAUGUACGACAUGAAACAGCUAUCGUAAACCGCGAGACAGCGAAGAGAUCUGGGCCGUUUUCUUUUGGACCACAGAGGAAGUCAAAGAGAAGUUCAUGAGGUCGCUGCUGCCGAGCAGAACUGAGAGGAAGAGUAACAUUAUGAACGUUGUUGAGGGAAGUGAGAGCAGAACCGGCCGGUCACAGAUCAAUCGGACUGAACACCAACACACCAACCUGGAACCAUCCAGGCUGCUUCACUCACACGUGUUCUGGACUUUAUUAUCACACCAGAUAGAAUAUAAUUAUAGAUUUGUUUUGUGUUGAAAACUGACUUUGGGAGAAUAAAUGAACAAAGGGUUCAGAACUUUCCAGAACUUUUCCCGUCGCCGCACCGCUGCUGAUCACUUGUUUGUGCAUGUUGAGAUUGAACUGUUGGAUGAUGAUGUGACAGAGAUGCUGAUGAUAGUUACAGUUAGUAGAGAUGCACGAUACAGAUUUGUUUCAGCCGAUACGAUAACCGAUAAUUACCUGACGAUACGAUUAAAUGACAGAAAACAACAUGUUCGUGCACAGCUGAGAGUCAGAGAGGCUCAGAUGUGGUUUAGUUGAUGUUCCAGCUGUGAUCAGACUUUUCCCCUCGAGUCCACACCGCUGACCACGUGUGGCUCUUGUCUACGUUGCGUAGCUCUACACAGCUGCAGCAGUUUGACAUCACGAGUGUGACAUCAUAGAUAUCGUGCAUCUCUAGCUAGAGGGUUACAGACGACGUGAAUAAACUAGACUGAGCAGCGAGAAAAAAAUUAAAAUAUGUGUUUGGACGUGAGGCCAUUUGUUCCUGAAGUCUGCAGAAGUGUGAACCGGUCUGAGACUCUGGACCUGAGUCCAGAUGUGGUCCUGAUGAACAAAGGCUGACAGCAGCACGCAGACACACUACAACAUCGUAAACAGGAAGUGACAAAUUCUGAGUGCUUUUACUUUGAAGUAUUAGUCUUAUACUGAUGACAUCACGUGGUCUCCUCGUCUUCAGAGUGAUUUGUUCACUGUAAAUCGUUUCUCAACCGAUUUUAAAUCCAAAGUAUUUAUUGAAUUUUGUAUCAGAUCUGCAGCUGCCGACUUGUUCAGUGUUUGUUUAACGUCAGCAGGCUGAAGACGCCGUCUGAGAUCUCUGACGAUCCACAUUUCUACUGUGCUGUUGGUGUUUUUAGGAUUCGUUAGAGAGUGACUGCAUGGCUGAUAGUGUGUCGGAGAUAUUUAAGCUGCUUUGUGUUUGAUUUGUCAUGUUGAGAAAAUAAAAGUUCACCUGAGUCGUUUCUGUAA